AUGUCGGAAAAAGAUGCCACUGAGCCAGCCAAGGCGGAUUUUGCAAUGGUAGAGCUUGCAGAAAAUGCGCAAGCCCAGGACGGGGAAUUUCAAAAGCGCAAUUCACGCCUCGUUCGAAAGCUUGAUCUUUAUAUUGCACCAGUCAUGAUGCUCCUCAUGCUGAUUAGCUAUUUGGAUCGCGGCAACAUCGGCUUCGCUGCAACCCAAGGUAUGACGGAUGAUAUUGGACUAACUGGAACGCAGCUGAAUACUGCGAUUUCGAUUUUCUACAUCUUCUAUGUCCUCGCAGAGUUUCCGACUUCGCUCUUGGUGAAGCGCCUCCAGUUCAAUCGUGUGAUUCCAACGAUAGCAUUUGCAUGGGGUCUUGUCUGCAUGUGUAAUGGGUUCGUCCAAAACUUUCCAGGAUUGUGUGUCUGUCGCUUGAUUCUGGGCUUCUUGGAAGGCUGCCUCUUCCCUUCAAUGACUCUGCUACUGGCCAACUGGUACCUGAGAGAGGAACUGGCCACCAGAAUCUCCUACCUAUUCAUCGCAUCUGCUCUUUCCGGUGCGUUUGGAGGGUUGAUUGCAUUUGGGAUUCUAUACAUGGAUGGUACCGCGGGAUAUCCUGGAUGGCGCUGGCUCUACAUCCUUGAAGGAAUUAUCACAAUGGUGUUCGCGGUCUGUUGUGUAUUCCUUGUUCCAAAGGACUAUGAAACUGCAUAUUUUCUGAGUCCGGAUGAAAAACAACUCAUGAGAUACCGUGACGAGCAGUCCCGAGCUUACAGCGGCGGACAAGGCCAUUACAAAAUGGCAGAUGUAAAGCUUGCAGCCAAAGAUAUCAAGACUUGGAUCCAUGGGGUUAGCCAAAUCUGUGUGGUUACUAUUUUAUACGGAUUCGGUACCUUCCUUCCUAUUAUCUUGAAGGAUGGGUUCAGUUAUACAACCAAACAGGCGCAGUAUCUAACAAUUCCAGUGAAUCUCUGGGGCGCAAUCGUGUAUGGAAUUGGUGCGGUUUUGUCUGAUCGCUACCAUGCACGCUAUCUCGUCAUUGCUACCACUAUUCCAUUCGGUAUUGCUGGAUAUGCUAUACUGCUGGUAUUCAACGUUCCCGUCGGGGUCCUCUACUUCGCUAUGUUCCUAGUUGCAACUCCCUGUUUCUUGGCCACCGGCGGCAACAUCGCCUGGCUCUCCAGCAAUUGCGCACCAGACGGGAAAAGAGCAGCCAGCUUGGGAAUCCAGCUCACGUUGACAAACCUUGGUGGCAUCGUUGCGGGUCAGAUUUAUCAAAGCACAUCUGAACCAAGAUACGUCCUGGGUCAUUCUUGGAGCUUGGGAUCGCUGGCCAUCGCUUUUAUUGGAUGCAGUAUUAUGAGAGUAAUCUAUCAUCGGAGAGAGAAGUCGAAGGACGAGGCAAGGGCCAGGUUGGCUCGUGGUGAAGAAUCUGGCGUUCCGAAAUUGUGGCACCCAACUGACCGUGGGCUGGAUUUUAAGUACUUGAUUUGA